CGCGCGGCGGCCGCGGGGGGCGUGGGCGGGGAGGGGAGAAAGCGAGGUCAGGGGGAGGGACCGCCAGGGUGGGUCGCUGCUCGCCAGCGCGGCUUCCUUUCUGUGCACCUUGCGGGCGACGAGGCGGCUGCGAGGGGUUUGUGCCCGGGGACGGGGAGCCUCGUGGACCCGGGGGAGGACGCACGGACUGACUGACGGACGCAGAGGACCGGCCCGAGCCCCCGCGCCAUGGCCGAGAGGAAGCAAUCCGGGAAGGCAGCAGAGGACGAAGAGGUCCCUGCCUUUUUUAAAAACCUGGGCUCCGGCAGCCCCAAGCCGCGGCAGAAAUUCUGUGGCAUGUUCUGCCCGGUGGAAGGGUCCUCGGAGAACAAGACCAUCGAUUUCGACUCGCUGUCGGUGGGCCGGGGCUCGGGGCAGGUGGUGGCUCAGCAGCGGGACGUCGCCCACCUCGGGCCCGACCCGCAGUCCCCCUACUCCCGGCAGGGCCGGCGGCCCGGCGAGGAGCCAUCUGUUGAAUCCGGCCGGAAGGUGGAGAUCCGGCGGGCCUCGGGCAAGGAAGCCCUGCAGAACAUCUAUGACCAGAGUGAUCGCCUUCUGAUCAAAGGUGGUAAAAUCGUUAAUGAUGACCAGUCGUUUUAUGCAGACAUAUACAUGGAGGAUGGGCUGAUCAAGCAAAUAGGAGAAAACCUCAUUGUGCCGGGAGGGGUGAAGACCAUCGAGGCCCACUCCAGAAUGGUGAUCCCGGGAGGAAUUGAUGUCCACACUCGGUUCCAGAUGCCCGACCAGGGAAUGACAUCAGCUGAUGACUUCUUCCAGGGGACCAAGGCGGCUCUGGCUGGGGGUACCACCAUGAUCAUUGACCAUGUGGUCCCGGAGCCUGGGACAAGCCUGCUGGCUGCCUUCGACCAGUGGAGGGAGUGGGCCGACAGCAAGUCCUGCUGCGACUACUCUCUGCACGUGGACAUCACCGAGUGGCACAAGGGCAUCCAGGAGGAGAUGGAGGCGCUGGUGAAGGACCACGGGGUAAAUUCCUUCCUCGUGUACAUGGCUUUCAAAGAUCGCUUCCAGCUCACAGAUUCCCAGAUAUAUGAAGUCCUGAGUGUGAUCCGGGAUAUUGGGGCCAUAGCCCAAGUCCACGCGGAAAACGGCGACAUCAUCGCAGAGGAGCAGCAGAGGAUCUUGGAUCUGGGCAUCACAGGCCCCGAGGGACACGUGCUGAGCCGGCCCGAGGAGGUCGAGGCGGAAGCUGUGAAUCGGUCCAUUACCAUCGCCAACCAGACCAACUGCCCGCUGUACAUCACCAAGGUGAUGAGCAAGAGCGCCGCGGAAGUCAUCGCCCAGGCCCGGAAAAAGGGAACUGUGGUGUAUGGUGAGCCCAUCACCGCCAGCCUGGGGACCGACGGCUCCCACUACUGGAGCAAGAACUGGGCCAAGGCUGCUGCCUUCGUCACCUCCCCACCCCUGAGCCCCGAUCCAACUACUCCAGACUUCCUGAACUCCUUGCUGUCGUGUGGAGACCUCCAGGUCACUGGGAGUGCCCACUGUACCUUCAACACUGCCCAGAAGGCUGUGGGAAAGGACAACUUCACUCUGAUUCCCGAGGGCACCAAUGGCACUGAGGAGCGGAUGUCUGUCAUCUGGGAUAAGGCUGUGGUCACUGGGAAGAUGGAUGAGAACCAGUUCGUGGCUGUGACCAGCACUAAUGCAGCCAAAGUCUUCAACCUUUACCCGCGGAAAGGCCGCAUUGCUGUGGGAUCUGACGCAGACCUGGUCAUCUGGGACCCUGACAGCAUGAAGACCAUCUCAGCCAAGACACACAACAGCGCGCUCGAGUACAACAUCUUCGAAGGCAUGGAGUGCCGCGGCUCCCCGCUGGUGGUCAUCAGCCAGGGCAAGAUCGUCCUGGAGGACGGCACCCUGCACGUCACCGAGGGCUCUGGGCGCUACAUCCCCCGGAAGCCGUUCCCUGACUUCGUUUACAAGCGUAUCAAGGCAAGGAGCAGGCUGGCGGAGUUGAGAGGGGUCCCUCGUGGCCUGUACGACGGACCCGUGUGCGAGGUGUCCGUGACGCCCAAGACGGUCACUCCAGCCUCCUCGGCGAAGACGUCCCCUGCCAAGCAGCAGGCCCCGCCUGUGCGGAACCUGCACCAGUCUGGAUUCAGCUUGUCUGGCGCCCAGAUUGAUGACAACAUUCCUCGCCGCACCACCCAGCGCAUCGUGGCGCCCCCUGGUGGCCGUGCCAACAUCACCAGCCUGGGCUAGAGCUCCUGGGCCCACUGCACUGGGCCUUGGGGGAUGGAACACCUGAGGACAUUCUGAGACUUCCUUCCUUCUUCUUCUAAUUCUUCUUUCGUUUUUAAGAGCCUGUGAUAGUUGCUGUGGGCAGCCAGUUCUCGGGGCUCCCCCUCGGGCCCCACUCUCUGCCUCUCACCUGGAGUUACUGAGUUCGCUCACUCACUCCCCCAUCACCCAUAAGCACCACACCCAAGCCUAGCACCCACUCUACACGGAGCUGCGUCCAACACGAGACAUGUGCCACAGAGCAGGUCCCCGGGGGCUCCUCAUCCUGCCCUCUGCCUCCGCAUCUUCCUUGUCAUGGGGAAGAUACAGUGAAUUGCCCUGAGCUGCCUUUUGGUCUUUUCUUUUUAAAUAUUUUAAAAAGGCUGUUUUCCCUUGUUUUUGUUUUGGUUUCUUUUGUGUGGGACUAGGGAGGGGUUAUGUGGGAGAGAGUUGUUUUCUUUUUAAAGACUAAAUUGGAAAGUGAUUCAAUAUUAAUAGCACAGGGUUUGAACUGGACACCCUAAUGAUGCAGUUAUGUAACCACCGCGCUCUUUCCGGAUGGUUGGCAAACUCGUUUUGUCCCUCCUGAGCAGCUCCAAAGGGUCCACUUUGUUCUUCUGCGGGCUUCUGGGUCAUCUGUUGAGAAAGGCCAGGUUUUCUCUCUUGGCCUAGAUUUUUGCGGCAGAUUAGAUCUUUUGAGGAUUCUCCUUGCCAUGUUUCCGCACCCUUUCGUGCUCGCUCUAGCUUUUUUGUUCAUGAAUAUUUCAGAUGCCUGUGUCUUGCUUCGUGUUUCCUCUGGCCCUCGUCCCUGAGACUGGGUUUUCCCCUCCUUCUCCCACUGCCUUUUCUGAUCACUAGGUGUCCCGUGUCUCUGUAGUCAGAACCCGCCUGGACGGACUCACCCGUUGGCCUGGUGUCCAUAGUCCUGUGUCCUCCUGGUCCCUGUAGGACUGGUGCUACCCGCCCAUAGCCACAAGUUGGUGCGUGUGAGUUUGAGUCUCUUGCCAGGUGCAGGGAUGGCUGGUUCUCGCCCACACCACGCCUUGGGGCCGAGGGGGUCACGUGGUGUGGGAUCAUGAGGGUGAGGUGCAGACCGUUGCGUGUUUCACAGCAUGCCGCUCACUGGUGCAAGGCACAGUCAGACCUGUGAACCAGCCCAGUACCCAGCGGGCAGCCAGGCUCCGGCCGCCUCCCAGCUCCUCGGGGCAAUGCCUGUAGCAGUCUGGCCCCCAGGGCCCGCUUUUGCCCCAUGAAGGGUCUUUCGGGUUCUAGAACACAUGGAGGUUUCUUACUUUGGGGAAAAUACCGUAUUUUUAAUCUCAAUUAUUUCACAAGUGAUAAUGCAGUGAAAGGGGGCCUUAGAAGCUCAGAAAUCCCUUGGGAAAUUUGGCUGAAAGUCCAUUUUACUUUGCAAGAGAAGGGAAGAAAUCUGUCUUAUGAACCAUGGAUCGGGGAGAAAAUCUUACACGUGGAGACUGCGGCCCCCUUGGAGACGACAGGCGACCUCGCACCUGCACCCCUUCCUCUCCCUGCUUCAGCGACCCCUUUGUGCUAGCUAGCUCCUUUCUGUCCUGCUGACCGUGUCAUACUUCUUUCCAGACACGUUUACUGGGCCUUGUGAGCAAUGUUAGGUUUGCAGGCCUUUAUGGAACCAAAUUGGGCUUUGUAAAGCGAAACAUCAAAAAGUAGGUCAUUGCUGUCACGAUGCUUGUGUCUCCACGUGUUUUUGCCUUUGGGGUUUAUGGUCAGGGUUUUGGUUUAUUGUUGUUUAUUUGUUGUUUUAAAGGUAAAUUGCACUUUUUUUUUUUUAAAAGGAAUUGGUUGACUUAAUAUAUUUGCUUUUUUUUCUCACCUAUACUUAGAGGAAAUUGGAACAAGUUGGAAAAGAAAUUUUUGUUUCAAUUCUGAGAAACACACGCAGCUCUGCGGUAUUCCCUUGUCUUCCUGUCUUUCCUGUGCCGGGUCAUGGUAAUUUUGGUUGUUUUGGUUAUUUUCUUUACAAAACGAAACAAAACAAAAAAAAAAAAACAAACCACAAUGUAAAACCUGAAGAUUCCCACAGGCUGUGUAAGCAUGUUUACCUGUUGGCUUGCUUUGUGUAUCUGUUAAUGAAUGUCAUAUGUAAAUGCUAAAAUAAAUGGACAGUGUCUCAGAACUGAGUAACUGCAGUGACUUGAUGCUCUAAAACAGUGUAGGACUUAAUACUAGAUGGCUUCUAAUCCUUGAAAUUGUGAUUGUGACUCAUGAGUGGAGGACCUUUCAGUGCUAAAGCUGAUCAUGUGUGUAACCAGAGGAGUACUUUUGUUUUUCGUUUUUUUUUGUUUUUGUAACCACUCACUGUCUUAAUGGCAAAAUAAUUAUGGUAAAACAACCAGUCUCGUGUUUAUUAUUCCUUAAGAACUCUGUUAUAUUACCAUGGACCGCCUAAUAAAGCAAACUGUGGUUGUUUCA